CGGCAAUGUGUUUACGUCAGGAGAGGCUGCUACAUUUUACCCCAAGACCUAAGAAAUAUUUAAGUCAAUUCAAUGCCAAAGAUAAGCAGUGACACGCUGUGGGAUUUGGCAGCCGCAGAAGUUUAUAGUCGGGAGACUGGGUCGGCAGAGGAGGAUGGCAAGGACGAGAGGACCGUUUUCAACGAGAGGACAGUUUUCUUUAUGGGAAACAAGGCAGGGGGUAAAACCUCGAUCUUACUGCGAUGCCUUGAACGGGAUGAAGCUCCGAAACCCACGCUAGCUCUCGAGUACACUUUUGGCAGACGGGCCCGAGGACACAACACACCUAAAGACAUCGUCCACCUCUGGGAGCUGGGUGGAGGUACUUCCCUAUCAGAGCUGGUUCAGAUUCCCAUCACGGCUGACAAUGUCAGGGCUUUGUCUGUGGUCCUGGUCCUUGACCUGUCCAAACCCAACUCCAUGUGGGGCACCAUGGAGAGGCUGCUGCAAGCGACUCGUGCCCAGGUAGAGAAAGCCUGCUCCCAGCCACGCAGGACAGGAGAGUCCCAGGCUAGCUCCAAGCAUCAGGCCCUAAACAACCCCCCGCGAGUCCUCCCUAAAGACCACUGUGACAGGGAGUUGAUUGACCCAUUCCCAGUGCCACUGGUGAUAGUUGGCACCAAGUUUGAUAUCUUUCAGGACGUUGACUCUGAGAAGAGGAAAGCGAUCUGCAAGACCCUAAGGUUUAUCGCUCACUACUACGCAGCAUCUCUCAUAUUCACCAGCAGCAAGUCAGAGAGCCUGAUGUCGAAAACCAAGAGUUUCUUCACGCACCUUGGUUUUGGAGCUGAGAGAAGCAAGUCAGUGUCAUGUGAUUCCAGUAAGCCCUUGAUCGUCCCUGUUGGAAUGGAUUCUCUCAGCCAGAUAGGUUCACCCCCAACGCCAGACGUGGAUAUCGUGUCUCUUCAUGCCAAAAACCCUCUGGAUCUGUGGAAGAAGGUGUUUGAGCGAAUCUUCCCGCCUGAGAGCACCAGUGACCAUAAGGAGCUGAAAGACCCAGCCAAGGACCCCCAGUACAGUGAACCCCAGAUAGAUGCCAUGAGGAUCCAGAAAGAUCAGGAACUGGAGCAGUACAAGAGGAAUGUCUCAAAGUCCUGGAAGGGACUACAGCUGGACUCCUAACAGCACAGGCCACGUGUACCUCG